ACAAAGAACUUCUGGUUGCUGUAAACGUUUGCCUCAAAGCGACGUUAGCAGUAAUGUAAAUCUUGGGAGAAAACUGAGAGCGAGAGGGAAAGCGGAUUUUUAUGUGUAAAGUUCCACGGGAAUGACAUGAUGAAAAAUCUGUUUCCGUAAAAGGAAAGAACAUUACCAGACAGAUGCCUCAUAUAAAACGUCCACGUUCGUAUGAAAGAGUUCCAGGCGUUAGAUUCCUGCGCUGCUUCGUAUUACUGCGCGCCUUUAUUGAUUUCGCAUAACUCUGCUCCUCGUGUCUGAAUAACGCAUUCAUCUCUCUCUGAAAUUCCCAGAGCUUUUUAAUGGCGAAUUUUGUCUCUCUUGGCAGGCAGAGUUGCUGCUAAACCCGCGAUAUUGAGUUAGGUUCAGCAGUUAUAUUCGGUUCAGGAGAAAUCGAGAAAUAAAAGUAGGUGGGUGAGAUCUGAAAUGUUUGUGGGGCGAUGUGGAACAGUACCAUAGCCAAUUUCAAGGAGAACCUCUCUCGAAUUGCUCUCGAUGUCCAUGAUGUGGCUGAGGAGCUGGAAGCACCACCCCACCUAGCAAUGGCAGAUGCGUCGGUUUUGGAUCGUGAUCAUCAUCGACAUAGAAAGAUUUCUCAUCGAUUUCCUCAAUCCCAUUCUCAUGCAAAAUCUCCAGUGCCCAAUGGGAUCGAUUCAAGUCACAAGGCUGAGCUCGAGUGGUACAAAGCUGAGUUAAGGAGGCUUCAGGGAUCAGAAGCUGAACUUAAGGCGUUAUCUGUAAAUUAUGCAGCUAUUUUGAAGGAAAGAGAAGAACACUUAUCUGGUUUGCGUGAAGAAAAUGAGGCAUUAAGGAAAAAUUUGGAGGCAAAAAAAGUUAUUGAGUAUGCAUCUACUAGUGGAAAUGUUAGAAAAAAUUCAAGUAGCUCUGUCAUAUCAAAGGGAGAGAGUGACAGUUUUUCAAUUAAGCAGCACAAGCGUAUGAGCCAAGUAAGUGGUCAUUCUACAGCGAACCAUUCAUAUGCUGUUAAUAUCCUAAAACAAGACAUAUCAACUGAUGGGAAGGAUGAAGCUAUUGAUCUUGACGCAUUGGAGCAGAAGCUUAAGGAGCUACAGGGGAAUAAAAAGGAUCUUGAAGAUUUGCAUGAAGAAAAGCAGAGAGCGUUGGAUGCAGUGCAAGCUAAUUAUGAAGCAGCGCUGAUCGAAGCAAAGCAUCUUACGGAGCUUCUGGACGUAGAACAAGCGGAUAUAGCAAGCACAAAGUUGCAGUUACAAGAUGAAAAGACACACAGUCAAUCAUAUCAGAAGGAGCUCCAUUCAUUGAAGGGGGAUAAUGACAGGCUGUCUGCAGAGAUUAAAGAACUACGAAAUGAGGUGAAUAACAGAAUGUUGGAUAUAAAAAGGCUGCAGUCGGAGCUAAAUAGGAGGGAAAUGGAGAAACCAUUAGAAUCUGUUGACAACCUGAAAAGUAUAAUAUGUUCAUUAGAGAAGGAGAAGGAUGAUCUUAAGUCAGAGAUGGAUAAACUUGUGAAUGCUUUGCAACAGUGCCAACGAGAUGCCAAGGAUUCGAAUCCAUACAUCUGCAAUCCAAAUGAGGUACAGCCAUCUGACAAAAUGCUUGGCCCAGAUGGAUUGACGAUAUCACAACGUGAAUGGGAUCAAACUCUGAAAGCUGCAUGCGGAGAAAGGGACAAAGCAUUGCAAGAGUUAGCCCGCCUCAAGCAACACUUGAUAGACAAGGAGCUUGAAGAAUCAGAGAAGAUGGAUGAGGACAGCAGACUCAUUGAAGAGCUUCAAGCAACUUCUGAAUGUCAAGCAAACCGUAUUUUACAGUUGGAAACAGCUCUAAAGCAGGCACUUUCAAAUGUGGAAGAAUUUAAGAAGAAUAACAGCUCUGAAUUGCAGAGGUCAAAUGAACUGAUCAGUGAUUUAAAUCGGAAGCUUGGAAAUUGUAUGCAGUCACUAGAAUCCAAAAAGGCUGAGCUUCUGAAUCUCCAAACUGCUCUCGGCCAGUACUAUGCUGAAAGUGAAGCCAAGGAACGAUUGGUUGGCGAAUUGGCUAUUGCAAGAGAAGAAUCUUCUCGUCUUUCCGAAUUCUUAAAGGAUACCAAUCAUAGGCUUGAGAUGGCAAAACAAGAGAAAGAUGAUGUUUUGGUGAAGUUAUCACAAGCUGAAAGGCUAUUUUCUGAAAGCCAAAACACAGUGCAUAGGCUGGAGGAAGACAAUUCAAAAUUGCGACGUGCCCUUGAGCAGAGCAUGACAAGACUUAACCGGAUGUCACUGGAUUCUGAUUAUUUUGUUGAUAGGCGCAUUGUCAUCAAAUUGCUUGUGACCUAUUUCCAGAGAAAUCACAGCAAAGAGGUUCUGGAUCUUAUGGUUCGGUUGCUGGGCUUCUCAGAGGAAGACAAACAGAGAAUAGGUUUUGCCCAGCAUGCUGCUGGGAAAGGUGUUGUGCGGGGGGUGUUGGGUCUUCCUGGGCGCCUGGUUGGUGGCAUCAUGGGAGGGAGUUCUUCUGGCACUUCUUCACAUCUACCAUCUGAAAGCCAGUCUUUUGCAGAUCUCUGGGUCGACUUCCUACUCAAAGAAACUGAAGAAAGAGAUAGGAGAGAAAAUGCAGUAGCUAGUGCCAGGUUGGGAGCAUCACCAUCUAAGCAAUCUCCACAACAGCCUGGAACAAGUAGCAGCAGCACUGCUGAUUCAGGCACAAGGGUAUAUGCUGCUGCUUCUGGUGCAUCAUCUCAUAUUCAUAUUCCCAGAGAGCCUCAAGGCUCACCGGAGAGUGAGUUCUCAACCGUUCCUUUGACUUCAUCAACUCCACAAGGCACAUGGUCAUCAAGAUUUGUCCCGAGAUACUGAAUCUGAAUCAUUAUGUUCUGUGAUGAGUCUUAGAGGUUUGCAGUGUGUUUGUAUCAGUUUAUAUCCUUGCAAUUCUUUCCCCAUAGAAGAAAAAUAAAUUUUUUUUCCAAUAGAAUUAAAAGAUUGCGUCGGUUCUGUUACCUUGUGAGUCAUGCCAAUUUGCAGUCAUGUUUCAAGGCUGAGGCAGCAGUCUAGGUUAGUCAUUCGAUUGACCUGAUCACUAUAAGAAGUGCUCUCUCUGUCUAUCUAUUUAUCUAUCUCUCUCUUUUGUGUAUGCUCCUGCACACAUUCUGACAAAUGGAGAUUAUCGAUAUGGUUGAUGGACUCAUAGGAGGCGCCGGUUACUUAUGAUCAUUAGGCGAGGACACCACAAUGUCGCUGGCUCGUAGAUCGUUUUUGAAAAUGGAUGCCCAACACACUGUCUCCCUGGUCAACCAAAAGAAUCUGCCCUUGUAUGGACUCAGUAUUUUUUAUUUAUUUUUAUUUUUUAAAUGUCAAAUUGAGACCUGUUGAGAAUUAAACAGUAAACACCAUAUUGUGGCGCCUGCCACCUUGACCA